AUGGGGGACACUCAAGGCAGGGUGGGAUAUUCGGCCCGACAACUUCUCCCUAUAAUUCCUUCCCUAUCCUCUAUCCCAGGCGUCCAGUUCCUUUCCCAAAUCCUUAUGGCUAGGAAGAAAGUUGAUAAGAAGCAAGACACGCCCGGAUCCUCGACGUCCGCCCAACCACAACCGCCUCAGGUUGCCUUCCCAGAACUGUCUCAGAAGGAAGACCUACAGUGCAGAGCAAUUCUCGAGGACCAGAUCCUCGUCAUCGAUGACUUCUUGUCGCCUGCUGAAUGUAAAGCAUUCGCGAAGUUCGUCGAUACCCUUCCUCUGGAGCUCACCCCGCCAAAGAAACGAGGCGAGGCUGAACGUGUCAACCAAAGGUUUUCUGUGUCCUCCCUAGACUUCGCGAAGAAGUUGCACGAACGAAUUCUACCUCAUCUCCCUUUGUUUCCAUACCCAACGUCCAUAAAGCGUCCUGCUGUAGUCGAGAACCCACGGAAGCCACAUUCUUGUAAUUCGAAUAUCAGGGUGUAUAAAUAUGCACCAUCGCAAUACUUUGGGCCGCAUUACGACGAUUCCGUCCGCGAUUCUCUGACUGGAGCGAAAUCAGAAUGGACCUUGCUCAUAUAUCUGACUGGAGCAGAGGAUGGUGUCGAAGGUGGCGAGACAUUGUUCUACAAGGAGGAAAAAGGAAAGCCUCGUGAAACCAUCACUCCAGCUUUGAAGCGCGGAACAGCACUGCUGCAUCGGCACGGGCACGAGUGUAUGCUCCACGAAGGAUCCCCGGUAUGGAAAGGCACAAAAUACGUCCUGAGAUCUGACUUGAUGUUCAUGCGAUAA